AUGAAAAUAUUUGUACAGCCAUCACUUCUUUCAACUACAUUUAUUAGUCGAUCAAAUCCUAUAACUGUCAUAGUUUGGGUUCUCGAUGAUGAUGUUUAUGCGCGUCCCAAUAAAUUAUGCGUUCAAUUAUGGACUAAUCUGAAAAUUUCAAGUUGGUCAAGUAUAGAAUUGGAUGAAUUGGAUGAAGAAGAACAACAACAAAAAAUAAUUGGUUGUGAUCCUGAUGAAUCUUAUCGCGUUUUUAAAAUUGUAAUUCCUAUGGUUGAUAUUGAUGAAGGAUGGUAUGAAUUCACUGUUCGAAUCAAAAGAGAAGCUUGGGAAGGUUGGAAGUGGCUAAGCGUGAAUGAAGGUCAAAACGCUAAAAUAUUUGUAAGCAAAUCAGCAAAUAGUACAGGUCCUAGAGAAGAUUUAAAUCGUUCCAUCUUUUAUGAAACAAUUGAUGAAAAGAAAGUUAGAUAUAGUUUACAAGGAGAUGUUGACUGUUGGUGUGUAUCAAGCAGCGUUGGAUCCAAUCACGGACAGCCAAUUCGUAUCAAUUUUGGAGGUAUUCGGAAUUUGAUUCAAGCCUGGUGGAUGAUACCGAUCACGGGUAUUUCAAAGCUGGACAUACAACAUAAAGAUGUUCUUUACAUAUUAAUUCAGCAAUCAUCUGGCCAUUAUGUCUCGCUGAUUCCUAUGGCAAGUGAUGGUUGCAUAUGUAGUUUUCGAUCAGAUCAUAAAGGAGGGUUGAUAUUAUUCAUCAUCAAUGAUAGUGGAGGAGAUAGUGACGCAAGAUUCGUUGUAGGUCGUGGAAAUGAUCCAUAUAUUACUGCUAAAGCAUGCAUGAAUUUUAUCAAUGAAAUUAAUGGAAUUAAUAGUGUUAAAGCAAAUAGUAGCAUUGAAACGAAGGAACGUUUUGAUUAUGACCAUAUUGGAUAUUGUACUUAUAACGGAUUUGAAGGUAGAGAAGGCCAACAACCCAUUUUUGAUGUUCUAAGUUCUCUUGAUACUAUUGGUGUGCAUAUAGGAUAUUUCAUAUUAGAUGAUGGUUGGCAACAAGUUAAUAAAAAUAGACAAUUACAAAAAUUUGAACCUAAAGCUGAACUUUACCCAGAUGGAUUUAAGGGCAUUAUAAGCAAUAUUAAAGAAAAGUUCCCAUAUAUAAAAUACUUUGGUGUAUGGCAUACACUUUGGGGUUAUUGGAAUGGAGUAGAACCCAAUUCCGAAUUGUCAAAUGCUUACAGAUUAGAAAGAGUAAACCAUUCGGAUGAAAUAAUCCAUCUUAUUAUACCACAAGAUAUUCAUAAGUUUUACAAUGACUUUUACGAUUAUUUAAAAGAUCAAGGUGUUGGUAUGGUAAAAGUUGAUUCACAAGGAAGCUUUGAUUUAAUUGAUUAUGGUCAAUGCAGACAUCGGCGAUGGUGGAAAGAAUAUCAUGAUGCCUUAGAAAUAAAUAGUAAAGAGUAUUUUGAUAACCGAAUAAUCUAUUGUAUGGCGCAUAGUCCUAAUAUUAUUCAACAAGUCUUGUCUGGUUCAGGCUCAAAUGACGAUAUGCCUAUAAAUAGACCAUUGUUCAGGGAUAUGUUUCAGUCACACCAUAGAUUUGGUGAAUAUCAUGCUGCAGCAAGGGCAAUCAGUGGAGGCCCACUGUACAUUACAGAUAUACCAAAUAAACAUAACUCAGGUGUCCUUGAAAAAUGUAUAGUCAACAUACCAACUUUUAAUACGUAUACAUCAGCAUCAGAUUCGUCCCAUGACGCCUCUUUGUCAACAAAAUUAAGCACAAAAUUGCCACAGAGAAUUUUGAGGAGCGAAAACCCAGCAUUAUCAUCACUUUCGUCUUUAUUUCUGGAUUCAACAAAAGUUGAUAACUUGUUACAAAUAUGUAAUUGGAACAAUAAAAUCGGAGUACUUGGCUUGUGGAAUUGUAGACCUCAUCUUUUAUUGGAUUUGUUUUAUUUAAAUGAUGUUUAUGGCUUUGAAACAAAUAAUAUAAUUGGCAAUGGCAAUAAUCAACAGCAUAAAGAUUCUAUAGGCGAAUAUGCGUUAUACUUUUUUAUGAAUAAACAGGUUCGAGUGGUAAAUUCAGUGAAAGAACCUAUUUCAAUAAUAUUGAAGGCGGAAGAAUUUGAAAUUGUGACAAUUUCACCGAUCGAUUACUCAAUUGGAAAAAGCUACAACAGAUAUUUCACUAUAAAGAUUGCAUCCUUUGGAUUAAUUGAUAAAUACAAUGGGUCUAGAGCAGUGAUUUCAUCAGAAUUUAUUAGUGAAAGUGUUAGCUCAUUUAAUGAAAAUGGAAUAGUUUCAACGGAAAAUCGGCAGGGUAGAAUAUUCUAUAAAGUCCAAUUGGUUGGAUAUGGAGAAUGUGGGUUUUAUUUAGAUUUAAAUGAUGGAAAAUUGUGUGAUACUAAGGCAUAUUUGGGUAGCAAGUUGUUGAAAAAUGUCAAAUACGAUAUUGAUAAGAAAUUGCUUUCAAUUGGUUUAGAGAAAGAGGAUAUAGAGAAUGAUGGUCAAAGGACUGAAAGAAUGUUAAACCAAGAUAUGCUAAAAGUUGAAUUGUUUUUGGAAAUUAUAGUUGAGUAG